ACCAUUUUUUUUAUUUGCCAUCUUUCUCUUGAAUUGUCACUACCACCACCCCAAGAGAUUUCCUCCACCUCUCCUAACCUUUUCAAACCAUCUCUACCCAUGAUCAUCAUUGUCAAACUUCUUCUGCAUUAGGAACCAAGGAUCUAAUGAAUUCAGUCACCUCUUCUAUUUCUUGACUGAGAUGGACAUUUCUUAUUUCAUGCUCAUCUCUUUGGCCGCCGUGGCUCGUACCAUGGUUGGUGAGAAUGCAAGCGUGCCUGCACUUUAUGUGUUUGGAGACUCAUUGGUUGAUAGUGGUAAUAACGAUUACUGGUAUACAACGAUAAAGGCAAACUUCCCUCACAAUGGCGUCGAUUUUCCAGGCGGGACUCCGACGGGGAGGUGGAGUAAUGGAUACAAUACCAUAGAUUUCUUGGCUGCGAUGCUAGGAUUUAAGUCGGCCCCCCCACCAUUUCUUUCGCCAGUCAAGGAUACAUCUCAAGGAGCAAAUUUUGCUUCCGGAGGUUCAGGAAUUCUUGAUACUACUGGGCCAACCACUAUUCCCCUCCGCACUCAGAUCAAAUUCUUUCGAUCAGUUGCUCAAAACCUCAGGCAACAAAUGGGAAGUCAACAGGCCUCACUUCACCUCUCGAAGUCUCUAUUCCUCAUCAGCCCAGGAAGCAAUGACAUGGCCGCAUAUUACUCGGGCGCAAUUGGCCCUCCAAAUGAAAAAAGAAAGCAGCUCUACAUCAAUACUCUCAUACGGAAAUUGGAGAAUCACUUAAAGCAUUUGUACCACCUUGGAGCAAGAAAAUUUUGGAUACAAGGUCUCUAUUGCAUUGGAUGUUCUCCAUCUGCGAGAACCAAGACCCCCUCAGGGAGAUGUUCAAAGGAUGCGAAUGAUAUGGCUAAACGGUUUAACGCAGCCGUCACACAACUACUGGACCACCUGAGUUCCACCUUGGUGGGGAUGAAGUAUUCCCAUGCAAAUGUCUUCAACAUGAUGUCUGCAGUGCUAGCAAAUCCCAAUGCAUUUGGCAUGAAGGAGGUCCGGAGUGCAUGCUGUGGAGGAGGAAUGGACAACGCGCAGCUUCACUGCACACCAACUGCUUAUUUAUGCCCUAACCGCAAGGAAUACUUGUUCUGGGACUUUGUUCAUCCCACACAGGCCAUGUAUAAUCUGGUGGCAUUGCAAUCGUUCCAUGGCUCACAAACCUUUGCCACACCCAUAAAUUUGAUGCAAUUGGCCCAAACUUAACUGUUUCUUGGUGUCGAGGCGUGUCGAGGCCUUCGAAGUCAUGUACCUUGGUUUGUUACUAGUGGCAUACGUACUAAAUAAUAAAACUUGAAAUUCUAAUGCGAAAAAGAAGAACUUGGUAUU